AUGAAAUUAAUUUUUUCAUUAGUUUUAAUUGUAUUAUAUACAAUUAAUAUUGUAUUAUCAUCACAACAAACUUAUCCAUGUCCAUUCUAUAGAUCAUUAUCAUUAACCAACCCACCAAUGAAUGGCGAUGAUAUUUAUAUUUUACAAAGUCUCUUAACUAGAACCACUGGUUUAGAGAAUUUAUCAUUAACCUCAAAUUUCGAUCAAGAUACUCAAAUGGCAUUAGCUAAAUUUCAAUCACUUAAUAAUGUUGGAACUACAUCGGGCACAUUGGAUGUAAAUACAGCAAAUUUAAUAUUAGAAUUAAAUAGUGAAGAUGGAUAUGUUGAUAAUGGUCAAAUUCCAUCAGGAUUUUUAUAUAAAGUUCAUGUACCAGUUUACAAGAAUAGAUCAAUUGAAACGAUUGCAACACUUUAUGAUUCAAAUUUGAAUGUAUUACUUACAUUCCCAGUUAGAACUCAUGGUCAAAAUGAUAAUGUUACUGGAUUAGCAGAGAAUGAAUUUUGUGAAGAUGGGUCAACACCAACUGGUUUAAUGACAUUUGAUUUGAAUUCACCAGAACCUGAUCCAAUCUCGUUUGGUCCAUAUCCAAUUAACCGUGCAGUUCAAGGUAUCACUGGUAAUGCUGCAAUCGUUAUCUCUAAUAUCAGAGAUGGUAUUUUAAUGCAUACUGGUGAAUGGCCAGAUUGGACACCAUCACAACCAAUGCCAAAUUCUCAUGGUUGUGUUCAUGGUCAUCCAUCCGACAUAGAUCAAGUUCAGACCAUACUUUCAACUCAAUUAAAUGUUGCAAUUAGACAAAAUACUUAUGGUGCUAUGCCAUAUACUCAUCAACCACAAGGUAUUUUAUCAAUUGAAUUAAUUGAUUAA